AUGAGAGAAGUAUGCAUGGACAGACGCGGAAUCACUUGGAACUUCACCCGACAUCUAGAAGACUUGGACUACGUGGAUGAUAUAUGUCUCUUGGCUCACAAAUUCGAAGACAUUCAAGCCAAAGCUAGGGACCUCGAGAUCCGAGCCAGCGCAGUAGGUUUAAAGAUCAACGCAUCAAAAAUGAAAGCUAUGCGGAUCAACACCUUCAACACAAACAACAUCACAAUCGGAGAUAAAACCAUCGACUUCGUCGACAGCUUCACCUACCUUGGCACUAUCAUAACAUCAAAUGGUGGAGUGAAAAGUGAUGUGGAGAACCGACUGCGCAAAGCGAGGUCUGCAUUUGAAAGACCACACCGAGUAUGGAGAAACCAGCAGAUAAACAGAAAAACAAAGCUGCGCAUAUUCAACUCUUGUGUAAAAUCCAUACUGCUAUACGGGUCGGAGACGUGGCUGACCUCUCAAAAGAUAUUGAUGAAGCUGCAAGCUUACAUCAACAAGAGCCUGAGAAUAAUACUUGGGGUAUUCUGGCCAGACAGAAUAUCCAAUGAGGACUUAUGGCACUGCACAGGAGAGGUCCCAAUCCAGAAACAAAUAAAGAAACGGAAAUGGAAAUAG